CAAAAAAUCGUAAGUUUACGACUACGACUUGAACUUACGAUAAUCCUAAGAUAAAAGUUAGGAGCUAUUCAUGAAAGUGGUCGUAAGAUCGACACAUUGUCGUAAGUGAAAAUCGAUCGUAAGAUUUUUUCUUUCUUGGUUACCGACACCUGCUCAUGCGCAGUAAGCUGUGCGGGAAAAGUGAAAGUAGCAGACGAAAUAUAAACAAUGGAGAACGCUGCGGCUGCACGGAAGAGGAACUGGAAUGAAGCAGAAAUUGCCCUGUUAGUGGAACAGGUCGAAGAUAAACGAGAUAUUUUAAAGGGAAAGUUUUCGUCUUCCUUAACUGCGGCUGAUAAGUCCGCCGCAUGGACUUCCAUAAUGAACAGUAUCAAUGCCAUAGGAGGAUGUGGGCGAACGUUGAAAGAAGUGAAAAAGAAGUGGCAGGAUAUUCAGUCCUCCACGAAAAAAAGGGAGGUGGAGAGGUUAAAAACACAACGGCAGACAGGCGGAGGUCCACCCCCAACAGAUAUAAAAGAUUGGGAGAAAAAGAUCAUUGGAAUAAUGUCCAAUACUGUGGUCUCUGGCAUUGCAGGGGGGUGCGACAGUCUUGUUUCAGACAGUGAAUGUGCUGUAUUUCCAAUCCGGUCAGCUUCAUUCCUGUGCACAGAGGCAGUUACAAGCUUAGAAGCAUGCAAUCCAGAACAAGAACAUCCGCAGAAGCAGUUUGACACAGUGGACGAGCCAGCGAAAGAACAGAGACAGUUUAACUCAGUGAUGGUUAAAAAUUCUCAUUCAGAGGUAGCUAGUACUUCAGGCACAGAUCUUGACAAUAGCAAUUUCAACAAGAAGCAAAGUAGAAAGUCACAUGUACAGGAGAAAGGGAAAGGUGACACGUCUGAGCUUCUCUCCAUACAAAGAGAGAUGGUGAUCUUGAUGAGAGAGGAUCUUGUCAUCAAAAGGAAGAUCUUGACCUCAUUCGAGGAGUAUGUUGCUCUAAAGAAGAAAAAACUAGACUUACAUCUAGAAGAGAAGGUCAAUGGCCCAACUUAUUUUGAAUUAUAAAUAUUGAAUUGUGACACUUGUGGAUAAUUUUAAAUAUGUUGAAUAUAAGCAUCAUAUUGCACAUAUUAAAUCUCUGAAUUAAAUGAAGAUAUACAUGUUUUAACAUCUUUUACAGUUUCAGUCCAAAUUAGUUCCAUUUUUAAGUAACUU